AUGUUGCUACCUUUACUACCUUUUAUCAACUUCCUCAUUUAUUCAACAAUUUUAAUUAAAAUCUAUUCAUGUAAGAAAUUGAUCAUUUUAAAUGAAUAUUUGGCAAAUGAUUUAUUGACGGUAUUAGAAGAUAAUAACACAUUCUUCAUCGGUGCAAAGAAUCAAAUUAUAGCAUUAUCAGCUGAAAAUUUUCGUUUGAAAACGAUAGUACCAUUAAAUGUUACAACUAUUGGAGCAGAAGAAUGUUUAAUGAAAGGAUUUGACAAGGGAAAAUGUCAAAAUGAUAUAACAUUAUUAUUACAUUAUGGUAAUAAUUGCUUGUAUAUUUGUGGUACAAAUGCGCUUUCACCACGUUGUCAAAUAAGAAAUAAGCGAAAUUUAUUCGAAGAAUGCGCAACUAGCAUAAAUGCUAUUGGCCUUAGUACAUUCAAUAAAGAUUGUCCAGCUUAUCACUUAUCAUAUGAUAAUUAUACAUUUACAGCAUUAGCUGUUGAUAUUUCAUGUCAAAAGCAAACAUUACUCCGUGCUCUUCCGCAACAACAAAAACUUUGGUUACCAGUUAAUGAUGAUCGUUGGUUUCGUGAACCAACAUUUAUUGCAUUAUUUGGUUGGAAGCAAUAUGUAUAUAUUGUUUUUAAUGAAGCAAAUAAUGAAGGCAUACAGGGUCGAAUUGGUGCCAUAUGCGCAAAUGACGCAGGUGUUGCAAAUAGUACGGCGCCCUACAAAAAUGCAUUCAAUUUAUUUGGCAAACUUUCUCUAAUAUGUCCUUUAGACAUGAAUAAUUUACAAUUGAAAAUAUUAAAAACAGCGCAAAUAUCUGCUAAUUUCAUUUUUGCUAUAUUUUGGAAUGGUUUUGAACGAUUACCAAUAUCUGCUUUAUGUGUAUUCGACCUGAAUAAAAUCGAGAAACGAUUAUUCGAUGAUGAUAAAAUUUCGGAAACAGCAUGGAAAAUAAAUGAUAAUCAUUGUCCAGAAAGAAAUCAAUCCGGUUUUCCGAGAAUUUUAGAUAAAACAGUAAUUGCAACAAAUCCAAAUGCAUUGUACAUUUUUCCGGAAAUGAUUGAGAUAGUAUCUGUAAAUGUGGUUAAUGCUAAUAAUGAAAAUUAUCAAAUUAUGGCAAUAUCUAAGAAAGCAAAAGUAUAUGGUUUUAUUUUCAAUGGUAUUUCUAUUAAUAAACAAUGGACUGAGCAAAUUAUUGUUAGUGGAAAAAUAUUGGAAAUUAAAAUUCGAAAAGAGUCUCGAUUUACAGUACUCGCAUCAAAUUCUUUCAAAGAGUACAAAGUAAAAGAUUGGUCUUCAGAAAUUAUCGAGAAUAUUAGCCAGAAUACCGGACAGCAAUGUAAUUGUGAAUGGACCGAUUGGAGUAUUUGUUCACAGAGAUGCGCUGGAGGAUAUCGAAGUCGAGAAUGGCGAUGUUUACCUGGUGACACCUGUAAUUCAUUCAAAGAGAAUCAACAACAAUAUGAAUCAUGCAACAAUGUAUCAUGUAAUGAAAUUCGACGAUAUAGUGAUUGGAGUCAAUGGUUAGCAUUAGAUGGUAAUAGUGAAAUUCGAUAUCGUGCUAGUUGUGGUGUUGAAAUACCUGAUCCUAUGUCAAUUAAAACUAUACUUCAUGGAUCAAAACGUGUACUUACGUAUCAUGAAUGGUUAGCAUGGAAUGAAUGGACAGCAUGUAGUGCAACUUGCGGUAAUAGUUUACGGAGUCGUUGGCGUAUCCGGAAAGGUCUUAUUAUAUCAUACAAUGAUGAUAAUAUUCAGUAUAUUGUCGAGCCAUGUUCUAUACCAUCAUGCAAAUUUGAUGAAAUGAUUGAAUGGACAAAUGGAAGCAAUGUUCGAUGGAAAAUUUUAAAAUGUUCAUCGCUGGAUGAUUGCUUCUAUAAACUCAAUAAUAUCAAUGAUUUUACCAACAAUUUCUCCAUGACAUCACUAUUAUUAACUCAUUCAUUAAUGUUUCUACUUGGUAUUAUUGUGAGAAAAUUACAGCAAAUGUUUCAAUUCAAAAGAACGAAUGAAAUACAAAAAAUGGAUGAAAACAAUCACGAAAUCAAUUGGUUUUUUGAUAUACGCAGCAUGCGACGCAUUCGCAGUGAUUACUAA